UGAUUACUGGUAUUGAUUGGAAAUCUUUAACUAUUCCAGCAUCACUUCCAACAACAUUUGAUGUUGUACCAUCUGCUGAAGAAUUAAAUCGUGAUUAUACACAUAAUUCAUAUACAUUAAUUCAUGCUUUACCACCACAAGAUGAAUAUGAUCGAAAGAUAAAACAUAUGUUUAAUGCAAGUAAUAAUCAUGAAAAAUCAACUCCAUGUGAUAAUAUGGAACGUCAAAGAAUAACUUUUGAUGAAUUAAUUGAUCAACGAUUAUCACAAGGUUUUCAAAUGAUUGUUGAAAUUCCUGCACAUAUUCAUCAAAAAAUGAUUGAUUCAAUUCGACGAGCUGGUUGUAAAGAAACUGAAUAUAAUCGUUUAUUAAGUAUUGGUAGAAUAUAUCAUACAUUAAGUCUUGUAACAGAAGAAAGUCAAUCACAAGAUACAGUUGUUAUUUAUGUACAACAACAUAAACCUCAGUUAGUAAAAUAA